AUGGCUCCUGUCGACCUCAUUGCUCGAGCAGCUACAGAGCCAAACGUACAACCCAGCGUUCGUGGUGCUGUGAUUGCCAUCUGUGUCCUCAGCUCGCUUGCUGGUCUGUGUGCUCUCGUCGUUUGCACGCAUUACAUCUGGACGAGGGAGGCCAGCUUCCUGCGCACUCAACGAUCUGCAAAAGCGCUCCUCGAUAAUGCUCUUCAGCGGAGCAACUCGACCUUCAAUGCACGACCGAGCACCACCGCAGACGAGCACGACAAACCCCCACCGUACUCGUACCAUCAACGACCUGUAUCCAACAUCUUUGAGCCAUCAAGACCAAUGGCUGCGCAUAUAGCAUGA